GAGAAAAAUCUUCAACAUCAUUAACACGCAAAUAAUCAUAAAAUUAUAUCAAUAACGAACAAUAAUUAUCAGCAACAAUGAAGUAAAAAAUAAAAUAAAACAAACAAUAUAUAAUUAAAUUUAUUUUAACAUAUAAAAAGAAUGAUUAUAACAAAGGCACCUCCAGUAAUCUAAAGAAGUUAAGAAAAUAGAUAAUUGACAUUAGCAAUAUAAAGAUAAAAAUCAAUUGAGAUUUAAUAAGAUAUUAAUAACAAUAAUAUAAUAAACAAUCCUUCAUUUUAGCAUAUUGAUAUUUCAGGAUUAAAUACCCAAACAAAUGAAAAUAAAUCAUAAGUAAUUUCACAAUCAAAUAUACCAUUAAUUAUCAAAAAUAUUAAUUCGAAAACAAUCAAAAAAGUGGAAUAAUAAAGCUUAGCUCAAAGUAUAAAUAUGAAUACAAGCAUUAAUAUGUUUGAAAAUACACAAACAUUGUAAAAUAUUAAUGAUGAAAAAGAACGUUAAAAAUCAAGCAAUAUACGUACUUUUGUCCGUGUUCGACCUUUGAAUAAAAUGGAAAUCGAAUUUAUUGAAAACGGCUUUGGUUUUGAUAAUUUGCGUUUUCCCGAUUCUAAAUCUAUUCUUGUUUUGCCAGAAAAAAGUAUAUUUACAUUAGACAAAGUUUACGCUCCAGAUGCUUAAUAAGAUUAAAUAUAUGAAGAUGUAGGUAGAGAAAUGGUUAAUAGUGUUCUUUAAGGUUAUAAUGGCACUAUAUUUGCAUACGGAGCGACAGGUUCGGGUAAAACACACACAAUGUUUGGAGAUGUAAAUAAUUAAAAAAGCUGUGGUAUAAUACCAAGGGUCUCUAAUUAAAUUUUCACUUAAAUUAAUCAAGUAGAUUAGGACAUUGAAUACGUUAUAACUUGCAGUAUGCUAGAAAUUUAUAAGGAGCAACUUUUUGAUUUAUUAAAUAUAAAUAGAGUAGGUUUAAAAAUAAAAGAAUUACCAAAUAAAGGUGGUGUUUUUGUAAAAGGACUAACUAAUGUAGCUGUAGACUGCGAAGAAGAUAUAAUGGACUCAAUUACACUCGGAUAUAAUAGUAAAUAGACUAGAGAGACUCGAAUGAAUGAAUAUUCGUCUAGAUCUCAUACUUAUUUUUACAAUUAAUGUAACACAGAGAUUAAAUAAUGGCUAGGAAAAAAUAGGAAAACUAAACCUAGUAGACCUUGCUGGAAGCGAAAAUUAGCUAAAUCAUAAGCUACAGGGGAAAGUCUUGAGGAAGCAAAAAAAAUUAACUUAAGUUUAAGUUGUUUGGGAAAUGUUAUUCAUUCCCUUACUUCUAAUUAUGAGCAUAUUCCUUAUAGAGAUUCAAAAUUGACACGUAUUUUAUAGGAAAGUCUUGGAGGAAAUUACAAAACAUCUCUAAUUGUGACAUUGUCACCACAUUCAUGUCAACAUGAAGAGUAGAUUAGUACUCUUAAAUUCGCAUAGAGGGCUAAGACUAUUAAAAACAAUGUAAAGGUAAAUGUUAAGUUAAGUGUGGAUUAAAUGAGAAAACUAAUUGAAUAACUAAAAAAUAUGGUAAAAAAAAAGGAAGGUUAUUAAGAUAUUUUGAUUAAUUCAGAAGUAGAAAAUAUAGAAAAAAAUGAUGAUAAUAACAAGAUUAUAAAUAAUAAUAAUAAUAAUAAUAAUAAUAAUAAUAAUAAUAAUAAUAAUAAUAAUAAUAAUUUAAAAACUAAUAGCAACGGUUUAAAUAGCUCACUAUUAGAUGAUUCUGAAUUAGAAGAUAAUUUAAAUGGGUUAAGUCCUUUCAAUUCUAAACCAGGAAUUAAAAAAGGCUUAAAUAUGGAUUAUAAAUAAUGCUAUAUUGAUAAAGUUAUUUAAUGUAGAAAUUAUGAAAAAGAAUUAAUGGAAAAAAAGAAAGAAUUACUUUUAUAUGAAGGAUAGUUAGCUUAAGUUAAAGAAUAGAAAAAUCAAAUUGAAUUCAAUCAUAUUAAAUAAGUUACUAAGAAUGAUUAUAAUAUAUUUGAAAUUGAAAUUUUAUAAAAAUAAGUUAGUUCGCUUAUUGAUUCUAUAUGUAAAUGUGAACAUAAAAUAUCUAUUUUAAUGAAAGAAAAAUUUGAAAUAUAGUAGUUAAAAAUUGAUGAUAUUUUAAAAUAAAAAUAAUAAUUUACUGAAAUUCAUUUCUCUUAGUAUUUCUAAAAGAGCAUUAAUUUUAAUUAUGAUGAUAUUUUUUUUAAAAAACAAAAAAAAAUGUUUAUAAUUUAUUUUUAAAUUAAAAACAAAAAGAAUCUUACAUAAAAAUGGGGUGAUUUAGAGAAAAAUAUAAGAUAAACAAUCUCUGAAGAUGAAAAGAAAGAAGACUUAGAAAUAGAUCCAUAAUAACACGCAAAUCAUUUAUAGGAAAUUUAGACUUUAAUACACUUAAUAAAACGUCUGAAAUGUUAGAAGAAAUAAUAGAUUUUCCUUCUUAUAUAGAAAAAAUAAACACAUAAAAUCCAAUACCAAGAGAUAUUAUAAUAGUAUUAUUAAAAAAGCAAUUAUUUAAGUAAAAAAUAAAUUGAAAAAUAAAUAACCGAAAAUAAAAAAUAGUUCUCAUACAAUAAAUUAACAUUUAAUAAGAACAAUUCAUGCAUUAGAAUGGAAAUAAAUAAUUGA